UCAACCGCCAACCGCGAACCAUACAGUUUGUAAAAUGUUGCGUUUCUGAUUAUUUUAUUUUUUUCGAAGAAAACGCAGUCGAAACAGGUCUAUCGAGUUACACUGAAGACACGCACAUUCACGACGAAACAUUAAUUAAGAAAGAAUGGUAUUUCUCCGAGGAAGUAAUCGUCAGCUGGCCCGCUGCGAGAAACCAGACGUCUCAGUUUAUCAGUUUUUGCUGAGUCAGGCCUGGAUGAAAACCUGCUUAAAGAGAGAGAUAGAUUAACUGGGAAGAUAAAGCCUGGUGUUGAUGUACCCGGUAAGCUAAAUGAAGAAUUGUAAAACCGAAAAAGCUCAGAUGACGCUGAAAAGACUGUCAGCUCAGCCUCAGUAAGUAUGCUCUUUUUUGACAAUCUUUAAUACGGUACAAAUAUGCCGUGACGCCGAAUUCCUCACGAAAGAAGAAAGCUGUCAUGUUUACAACUGUGAUGACGAGCGCUUAUCAGGAUCAACUAACCGCUGGAUUUUUAAAAGUAUGUGAAAUAUUUAAAGUUCAUGGCAUAGAAUCUGUAAAAUACGUCCGAGAGUUUUACACACCGGUCUGUUAUUGUGGUGACAUUUCCACGCCCCGAAACAUGAUGCUGAACGAAAUGAACUGUGAUUGGUUGUUUGACAUGUCGGUCAAACGGCCUCAUGGGCGGGCCUUGGCCAAUGAAAGCUGCCAUGGAUUCCAGACCUUAAGCCGUCAGUCUGAAGCUCUAGCAACGCGAGACAAUGCUUUCCCUAAUGUGGACACAGGAUCCCUGAGAGAGGCUGUUCACAUCAAAUGAGCGAAAGCUUAAUUGUGAGAUGUUAAUGUUUGAAUACUGUGAAUUUGCAUUUUCAUGCUUUGUUUAAUUGUGCCUUAUAUUGUUUUAUUGUGUCAUAUACCCAACUUUGUAGUGUACACAGAUUAUGUUGUUACACAUGGUGAAUAAAUGUUGAAAUGUAAUAUGGCAGAUGUAGUAUGGUGUGUCACAUUUUUGUAUUUGUAACAUUUUUAAGAUUAUGACAAGUAUACUAGUAAUACCACAGGUUUAUGACAGAAAAACUAUGGUUUUCUUGCAAUAAUAUCAUAGCAAAUUAAGUGUUACCAUAAAAAACCCUGCAAAAUUAUUACAGGAAUACCACAAAAAUAUAACAAAAGGACCACAGGACUAUUACAGGUAUUACUGCAGAAAUAUGACAGUAGUACCACAGGAAUAUCACAGAUAUAUUACAUACAGUACAACAAAAAUGCUGUGGUAAAGCGUCCCAAAAAACAACACAAUACCACAUAAUUACUUUUUGUGUAGUACUUUUAAUGUUUUACCACAUGUAAUACCACAGGUAAUUUUUGUAAGGAACAGGCUACAGCCCACAAAAAUAUUCUAAUUUGAUUCCAAUUUUAGAUCUUGUAACACUUCCCGCUCACUACGACAUUUAUAAUGGGGAGACAACAUUUUGAUGCAUAGUACUAGUAGUAAUUAGGUUUGCGGUAAAUUCUUUAAAAUAAAAUAAAAAAUGCUACCGCGCUAUUUACCUGGUACUGAAGUAUUUACCUGGAAGUACUGAAGUAUCUCGUCCAGUAGAGGGCGCUGAUGCGACUGUAAGACUGUAAGGCCAGUAGAAGAAGAAGGUCACGCCAGAAUUUCAGCACAGCAGCAUGUGAAUUUUUGCUUCCCUGUUUAUUUACCUAAGAUUAUAUUGAUGCUUGUAACAUUUGUUUCUGAGCAAAGAUGACCACUCAGGCUGUACGUCUUUUCCGUAAAAUGGAUGGACUGUUUGCUGUGUACAAACCGCAUGGAGUUCACUGGAAACAUGUUCGUGACGGCGUAGAAUCCAGUUUAUUAAAAGCGCUGAACUCCUGUCCUCCACCAGCUCCUCAGCUUGCAGUGCGCUUCCAGCUUCUGUCCGCUGGAGAGAACAGCAGCUCCAAAGAUCUCGUAUUAUCACCCUCUAUGGUCCCCACACUGGCAGACCAUCCUCUAGUGACAGGGCCACAGUUUCAUAAGGUUCACGUCGGAGUUGGUCAUCGAUUGGAUGCUUUUUCGUCUGGGGUGUUGGUUUUAGGCGUUGGGAAAGGAAAUGGAGUGCUGGAGCAUCUGUGCAAAUCACAUGUAACUCGGGACUACACACUUAAGGGGGAGUUUGGAAAAGCCACUGAUAAUUUCACUGACACAGGCCGAGUCCUUGAAAAAACCACAUAUGACCACGUUACCCUAGAUAAGCUCGAGAGAGUUCUUGCCAUGAUACAGGGAGCCAACCAGAAAGCCUUAAUUACGUAUUCUCAGGUGGAUUUGCGCACUCAGGAGGCUUACGAGCUUGCAGUGAGGGGUUUAUUGUAUCCUCAUGGUAAAAGCCCACCGAUUCUGACUGGUCUGCGAUGCAUACAUUUCAGUCCACCGCAUUUCACAUUAGAGGUCCAGUGUGUGAAUGAGACUCAGAAAUAUCUGCGUAAAUUGAUUCACGAGGUGGGACUAGAGCUGCGGACGUCUGCAGUCUGUUCUGGAGUGCGCCGCACACGAGACGGUCCCUUCAAAGUAGAGAACACACUCACCCGACAACACUGGACUGCUGACAGCAUUAUACAAGCUAUUGCUCACUUUAGCAAGACUACUCGCAAAAUCAGAAAGUCAGGAAUGUUCAAGCAGACUGCUGGGCAAUUGAACUCAAGCGCACAGGUCCAAGAGCAAACCAGAAGUCAAACUGAGCAAAUAAAUCAAGAGCAUGUUGAACUCUCAAGCAGUUGUGGACAGAGAGACACCUGUGACACAGAAUGAGGGGAGAACAAAACAUUAAGUUAAACGAAUCAUCUGCCUCAAUUAGGAUGAUUUGAUUUCUGAAUUCUAAAACGUAUUUAUCUGUUCACUAUAAUUUAUGAAUUUGUUAUACGAUCAUCAUUGUGCAUCAUUAAAACUGUGUUUUAGUUUUGUUC